AUGCCUAGCGAGGAGCCUCAUUCAAGGUCCUAUGAGUUUUUAACGGCAGCAGUUCCCAGCAGCAGCAGCAGCAGCAGCGGCAACUGCGGAGCGCGCAGCGAUGAACACCGCAGCAGCGAGGGCCUGCAGCACAGCCGCAGGCGCAGCAGCAGCAGGCGCAGCAGCAGCAGCAGCAGCAGCCGUGUCACAAUGGAGGGUAGCCCUCACAAGGGCUCUCCUCUGCUGCGGCUCCAGAAGCGUGGGAAGCGCAGCAAGCGCUGCAGCAGCAGCAGCAGCAGCAGCAGCGAAGGAGACACCACCGACAGCAGCAGCAGCAGCUGCAGCAGCAGCCCAGUCCGCAAACUUCAAAGCAGCACUAAUCCCACGCGGGGGGCCCCCAGAAGCAGAAGAGGGGCCCCUGCUGCUGCAGGGGGGUCCCCCAAGAAGGCUGUAGCAGGUGGGGGGCCCCCCCUGCUGCCUCGAGGGGCCCCCAGCGUGUCUGCUGCAGCAGCAAGAUUUGAGUGCUUCUUUUAUGAGCCCCUAGCAACAGGAGCGAAGGCGGUGGUUGCUGCUGCUGCUGCUGCUGCUGCACCUGCUGCUGCGCUGCAGCUGGCAGCAGCAGCUGCUGCGCCCUUUGUCUCAGGCCUCCUACAGCAAGAAGCAGCAGCAGCAGAAAUCGGGGAGGCCAUUGCUGCGCUUCCGUUGGCUGAAGCUCUGGAGACGUGCUUUUAUGGCACAGCAGCAGCAACAACAGCAGCAACAGCAGCAGCAACAGCAACAGCAGCAGCAGCAGAAGAUGAUGAGACUCCGUCUGCUGCUAGCGGAUCACCUUCGCUAGAGCGUUUGGCGGACUUGCUGCUGCUGUUGUCGGCAGCAGACUGCAGCCAGCAGCGUCAGGGGUGGGAAAACAUCCGCGAAGCAGUUGCUGCAGCAGCAGCAGCUGCUGCUGCUGCACCUGCUGCUGCGUCUGAAGCAGCAGCUCCCCCGGGGGCCUGGCGGGUCGUUUCUGCUGCUCUCGGGCUUUGCAUGCAGCGCGGAGGCCUUGGGGGGAAGUACGCAGCCAUAGCCUAUUUAAGGUUUUUAGGGCUGCAGGUAAAUGACCGGCAGGAGCAGCAGCAGCCCGAGCUCGAGGGACAGCUGCUGCAGCUGGUGCUGCGGCAGCUGCAGCAGCCUCUGCUGGGAAGGGCCAUUCCUUGGCAGCAGCAGCUGCAGCAGCAGCAGCAGCAGCUGGAGCAGCAGCAGCAGCUGCAGCAGGCGGAGCGGGCGCGGCUGGCUAGCUGGCUGCAGCAGCAAGAGCCCCCUUCCCUUGCGGCGAUUGUGUCGCUGCACCUGGCUUUGCUGCUGCAGCAGCUGCAGCAGCAAAGUCUGUCGUGCAGCAGCAACAGAGAGGCCCUUCGGCUGCUGCUGCGGCAUGUAAUGGAAUUCGUGGGCAAGACUCAGGGGGAGGUUCUGCUGCUGCUGCCACUGCUGCUGUUGCUUCGCGUCAAGGAGCUGCGUACGAGACACCUGCAGCAGCAGCAGCAGCAGCAGCAGCAGCAACCGAUGCAGCAGCAGCAGCAGCAGCGGCUGGCUCCAGGGUCAGCCGCACUAGAUGAGCCAGCUUUUGCAGCAGAAGAACAAUGGCAGCACGAGCUGCUCAUGCCCCAGCAUGAGCAGCAGCAGCAACAGCAGCAGCAGCAGCAGCAACUUUUAUUUCUGCUGCCCCUCUACCAGGGAGGACCUAAUGUAGAUUGCCUUGCUGCAGCAGCAAGCGAUGUGCUGCUGUCAGUGCUGCCGCGGCUCCUCCAAGAGCACCUGCAGCAGCAGCUUGAUGCAAGCGCAGCAGCAGCCGAUGGAGCAGCAGCAGCAGGUACUGCAGCUCCACCAUCUUAUGGGGGCAGCGAGCAGCGGCAGCAGCAGCAGCAGCAGCAGCGGCUUGUGGACUUAGUGCUGCAGGCUGUGUCAGGAUGCGGAGAGCUGCUGCUGCCAGAGCUGCUGCUGCACCCCUUGCUGCUGCUGCAGGCCCGCCUGGCUGACUUGAAGGACCUCAGGGUAGCAGCAGCAGCAGCUGCUGCUGCUGACGUGGACCCAGAAGAAGCGGCGCUAUGUGGAGGCACAGACAACACUGAAUCUACUUCACCAGCAGCAGCAGCAGCAGCUGCUGUUGCUGCCCCCAGUGCAGCAGAACUGAAGAGGCUGUCGGAGCUGCAGCAGCAGCGCGAGUUGGCUGCAGACCCAUUUGUGGCGUUUCUGGGGAGCUUCUGUUUUGGCUGUCUGCCGAGCAGCACAGCAGCAGCAGCAGCAGCAGCAGCAGCCUGCUGCGCCAUCAUCAGGUGCUGCGUUCUGCAGGAGGCGCUGCAGCUGAAGAGCAGCAGCUGCAGCCUGCUGGACAAGCUUGAGCAGGAGCACCAGCACCUGCAACAGCAACUCCAGCAGCAGCAGCAGCAGCAGCAGCAGCAGGAGCAGCAGCAGCAGCAAGAGCAGCAGCAGCAGCAGGGAAGGCGCCGCAGAGUGCUCGAGAGAUUUUUGCGUUUCAUUCUCAUUCCUUUGCUGCGAGCCUCCCGCUUGGGCCAGCGCCUGCUGGGGGUGGAGUUGCUGCUGCAGCUGCUGCAUGCACCUGCUGCCAGCAGCAGCAGCAGCAGCAGCUGCAGCAGCAGGCUUGACAAAGGGAACGGCGGUAAGGCUGCUGAAAGGGGCGCGCUGCUGCUGGAGCCUUUGCUGGAGGACAAGAGAGAGAGCGGAGGGGUGCUGCUGCUGCAGCAGCUGCUGCUGCCGUUUGCUGCUGCACUUGAAGACCGGCAGCCUUUGAUUCGUGCCAGGGCCAUUGAGGCGCUGCCUUCAGUUUGCGGCGUCCUGCUGCGUGCUGCAACAGCUACGCAGGCAGCAGCAGCAGCAGCAGCAGCAGGAGCGGCGGCAGCAGAAGCCCGGACACUGCAGCACCGGAAGGCGCAGCAGCAGCAGCUGCUGCUGCUGCUGCUGCGGCCCUCUUUGUUAGAAGGGCUCACGGUCAGCUGCUUGGAGCACAGCAAAACUGUUGUGCGGAGAGGCGCCUUGCUGGCGCUGCAGCAGCUGCUGCCGCUGCUGCUGCAGCACUUGCUGCUGCUGCAGCAGCUGCCGGUGCAGCCGGGGCCUCUUCCCGCUCUCUCUGGAGAGUCUCCUGAGGAGGAGAGCGAGAACGAGGCAGCUGCAGCAGCAGCAGCAGCAGCAACUGCAGCAGCAGCAGAGAAGUCGAUUGCUGCUGCAGCAGGACAUGAAGGCUGGGGACUCUUUUUGCUGUUGAAUUGGAAAAAGGCAGCAGAGAGGUGUAAAGACAGCUCAGUGCUGGUGAGGAGGCAGGCGAUCAGCGCGCUGCACACAUUUGCUGCCACCGCAGUACACAAGCUGCAGCAGCAGCAGCAGCAACAACUGCAGCAGCGACAGCAGCAACUGCCGCAGGCGGAUGACCUGCUGCUGCAGCGCACGGACCAGCAGCAACCUGAGGAGCAUGAGGAGCAGCAACAGCAACACCAAGAACUGCAGCUGCUGCCGGCAGUGCAGCAAACAGAAGGUGCUGCUGCAGCUGCAGAAGAAGCCACCGCUGCUGCUGCUGCUGCACUAGUCAGCAGCAUCUGCAGCACGUGGAGGGACUUCGUUUUGCGAGCAGCGACAGCAGCAGACGAGGAGCCGAUGGUGAGAGAAAAGGCUUCUGAAUUGGCACAGAAGCUGCUGCAGUGCGACAGUAGCAGCAGCAGCAGCGCAGCAGCAGCAGCAGCAGCGGAAGCAGCAGCAGACUUGGUCAUUAGCGGCGCAACUGACGAGCACUUUGAAAGUUUGAGGCGCUUCUUCUCAGGCUGCUGCAGCAAGCGAAAUGGAAUGGCAGCAGAACGGCUCAGGGAAUGCGUCCGCAGCGUAGCAGCCCCAGGGGUUGCAGUGAGGAGGCUGCUUGAGUUGCAGGGCUUCUUUGACUGGGCAAAUCAAACUACAGUGGGAGUCCGAGACGUCGCAGUCGUCGGCAGGGUAAGCAGCAGCAGCAGCAGCAGCAGCAGCAGAAUGUGUGGGGCCUCUGAAAGCCAGACAGCCGAGGCUGCGGAGGCGGCCGUCGCAGCGUGGCGUAAAGUUGCUGCAGCUGUGCGGCAGCAGCAGGAGCAACAGCAGCAGGAGCAGCAAAGACGGCUGGACUCCCAACUGCAGUCAUUGCAAGACCAGCAACAGCAAGAGCCGCAGCAAGAGCAGCAGCAAGAGCAGCAGCAGCAGCAAGAGCAGCAGCAGCAGCAGCAAGAGCAAAAGGAACUGCUGUUCGGCACAAAGUCAAUGUUGCUGCUUGAACUGGUUGAAUCUGCUGCUGCCUCUGCGUCGGAUGAUUCUCGUGCGGCUGCUGCUGCAGAGCUGUUGCUGCUGCUGCAGCAGCUGCUGCUGCCGGUUGACUUUGUUGCUCCCGCUGUACGUACUCUGCUGGCGCUCUCAAAAGGGCUCGUGUAUCUGCCAGAGACCUCAACAUUUGCUGCUCCUCCCACACAGCAGCAGCAGCAGCAGCAGGGGGGCAGCUGGACACAAGCGCUGCUGCAGUGCACGCGAGAAGGCCUGCAGCGGGAGCUGAAGAAGAUGAUAU